UAAAAUUUCUGCGAAGGUGAAAUUAUGUGCUUCCGGAUUCUUUCAGGCUUCAAAAGAAAAAGAAAAAAAUUUUGAAAAGGAGUAUGAGGACAAUUCAGUUUCUGAUUUUGGAUUAUAUGUUUCUUCUAUUUUCCUAAUUUUUAUUUUAGAUUGUUGUUCUCUUUUGAACUCGUGCUUAUUUCCCCCAGUUAUCUUGUCUAAAAAAUCCUGUUAUCAAUCGUGCAAUUUAGAUCAGAGUAUGUUCUGAAUUGUUGAUUUUGAGGGAUUUAAAUGGAGAGGAGUUUAUAUAUCACAGCACAUAUUAUGUAAUUGUAGCAAUGAUAAAACAAUGGAAUUGUUUUGUUGGAGAUAUGACUUGAUUUUGACUCACUUUUCCUUUUUCUUACUUUCUGGGUCCUCAGACCUCUCCUGGUGCUUAGAUUCUCUGUUUCACAGUUUAUUUCCUAACCUUUUGCUGACAUGUGGUACUUCUUAUUUUGAAAAUUGGAGUAAGUACAUACUGGAAAAGAACUCGUAGAGAACUGGUUACAGAGGCGAUGGUGAACACUAGACCACAAUUAAUGGAGCACGUCCUGUUUGUGUAGCUAUCACGACUCAUGAGCCAUGAUUGUGAUAUAUCCUUGAAAUAUAUGCACAAUGGACAUUUUUCCAUAUACUUACUGAACAGAUAUAUGGUUGUGAGAGAUUUCAUCUUUACAUUUCAGGCUGAAGUUUUCUGAAGUUAUGGAUUUUGCUCUUUGGGAUCCAUCAGAUGAUCAAGUUGCAGAUGAAAACAACUAUUAUAUUGACGACUACUGGCACAGUGAUUUUUAUUUUGGUUAUGGGCAUGAUGCAAUUGAAGAAGAUGAGUUGAAUGAAAAAUCUUGCAUACAAGUUCUAAGGAUAUUGGUAAACAAGGCAAAUGAAGAAAUAAUGGAACUUGAAGGAGAUGUAGUGAUACUUCAGAGCAAACUGACUUGGAGUGAUAAAGACUGGUGUGACCUAUGCUCUGCCACUUUGAAAGAAAAGAUUGAUCAUCUCAAUAUUUCAAUGUUGACCUUGAAGAAAGAAAUUUCAGGAGAUGAGCAUAUCUUUGGUGUCGAGUUACUGAAAAAUAAGAAACCGGUUGAGAGAUUGCAUGAUAUUUUGAAGUCUUUAUGGGACAAUUGCUUUCUACUGGAAAAAAAUCAGACAGGAAUCAGUAUUAUUCGGAGGUCCAUCAAACCCGCAGAUGAAAUUAGAAUAUCGAUGUGCUGUUCCGAACAUAGAAAGUUGAAAGCAAAAAAAGGCUUCACUCGGAUGAAAAAGACUAAGUACCAAGGUCCAUCUGAAGACCCUGAAUUGAGGAGGAUAAAGCAUCCUAAAGCUGAGGAAGAUGCUGUGAGUUCCAUUUUGAAUGCCCAUACAUAUGCAACUGAGAAAAAUAUAAACGAAUUAAAUGGACAGUCGGAAACACAAAAGCUGAGUUCUUCUCCUGAUAAGGUAAGGAAGAAAACAAAUCCCUCCAAAUCAGAAAAGAAUGCAUUGGUAAAAGAUUCGAGUGCAAGUACUUGUGAAGAAAAAGCUGGUUCAAAGGGAAGCAAAAAGAAGAGAAACAUAAACAUAGAAUUCAUUCAAUGUAGUUUUACUGAUAAAAGUGAAGUGUUAAUUUCGUCUCUAGACUCACAAGGAAUGGAAACAAAACUUGCUGAAACAGUUAAGCCUGCAGAUACAAUCUUGGAUACCCAGUUAGAUGUUAAGAAACAAGUAACUGAAGAUUCCAGUAGUAUACAAAAAGCAAGGAGGCAAGAAGUUGCUGACACGAAAAAGAUUGGCUCCAGAAUUCAGUUGCAGAGAGAAAGGAAACGGACGAAUGUUUGUGGAAGAACAAAAAUAACGGAGGCUCGGGCUACUGCAACUGAACUUACCAUUUCGGGCAUACUUCUUGAGUUGAGCAAUCGCAAAAGAAAAUGUGCGAGCAAGCCACAGAUGAAGGUAAAACAAAAACCUCAAGCUAAAGAAGUAUUGAAAAUUGAGGAGGUUGACAUGAAGCAGGCGAAAUUUAACUUAAUGUCGGACCCAGAAGUUCAAACAACAGAGAGGUACUGUCAGGAGCUUGUAAUUUUUCAAGAACCGUGUCUUACGGAAGAAAUAGAUUUUAAAUCAUCAUCCACAGACAAAUUUAAGAGUCAGCAAAAAAUUGAAAUCUCUGAAAAUAUUGGCAGUAACCAGUUAGGUGUUUGUUCAGAAGUCAGCACUAGUUCAGUAUCCCGACUACAAAAGAAAAAGAAAUUAUCUUUGAGCUCCCAAGUCGAGAAUAAAGAGCUCAGAAUUGUUCCCUUUAAGUUAGAAAAUUUGCAUGAUAAUAAGUCAGAUCGAACAAUGGUUGGUCAGGAUGUAAAAUCGCUCUCUCUUCCAGCUUCGUCUAUCAAGAAUGUGAAGGAUUUGACAGUGAAAGAUCUCAGGGUCAUUGCGAAGAGUCAAAAGUUGCCACUGUACUAUAAACUUCGGAAGGACGAACUGCGUGAAGGUCUUGGACUGUAACUACAGGAUACAG